UUCCCCUUGUGUGCCUUGUGCUGCCCUGCGUGGGAGACCUCUGAGCCUGGGCUCAGCCCUCGGCCCCACAAACUGCAUCCUGACUGCUGGGACAAGGUCUUAGAAGAGUUCUGGAGAGCUACUGAAGGAGAGAGUAGAGUGAUUAAAGACAAUGGAUCCAGACUUUUUAAAUGUGUUUACACAGCCUUCUACACUUGAUCGAUUCCUAACUGAGGAUGUUAUCGCUAAAGGCGACAAGAGGAAACUCAUAAAACCGACCUCAAGCAACAACCGCAAACUGGAAGAAUUGAAACUGUUCUUGACUGAGUGGAUCAACAGAACUCUGAAAGAGGAGCACAUAGUAGUUAAAAGUCUGGAGGAAGACCUGUAUGAUGGGCUGGUGCUUCAUCAUCUUCUGGAAAACUUAGGUUCUCUCAAGCUGGAUGUUGACAAGAUUGCAUUAACAGAAAAAAAACAGCGACAGAAACUCUCCGUGAUUCUGGAAGCUGUGGCCAAGUGUUUGCAAGUGGAAGAAAGUCAGCUGAAAUGGAGUGUGGAAUCUAUCUUGGCAAAGGACUUACUGAGCACACUGCAUCUUCUGGUUGCAAUAGCAAAGCACUUCGAGCCUACCCUGGCUCUGCCUCCAAAUAUUCAAGUGGAGACAAUCACCAUUGAGACCACAUCCAGAGGAUUAAAGACAUCAAAUGGUGUGGAAAAUAUCACAGAAAACAAAGAGAAUAUAGAAGCACAGUCAAAAGAAGAUGCCUUUGAUGAAUUAUUUAACUGCGCUCCAGAUAAACUGGGUGCUGUAAAAAAGGCACUCUUGCAAUUUGUUGACCAGCAUGUUGGAAAAUUAGGGUUAAAUGUGAAAGACAUCGAAUCUCAGUUUUCAGAUGGAGUUAUCUUACUUCUUUUAAUUGGACAACUAGAGGGUUACUUUCUGAAUUUAAGGAAUUUCUUCCUGACUCCGGCCAGCACCAUGGAGAUGCUCCACAACAUUAACCUGGCAUUGGAGUUGCUAGCAGAGGGAGGUCUUCUGAAUUUUCAUGUGAACUCCGAAGAUAUAGUGAACGGAGAUAUGAAGGCGAUAAUGCGAGUUCUGUAUUGCUUGUAUUCCAAAUACAGAACCAAAGAAGCAUGAAGAACAAGGCCAAGAGCUUGAGCUGCCUUUUUUUGGAUUUUUUUUUUCCCCUAGCAGGCCAUGAUGUGAUUUUUUUAUUCCCAGCUCUGUUUGCCACUGUUUCUGGGCAUGCACUGGUGUUUGACACCUGCUGUGUUAACAUUGUAUAGCAACUGUGCUGUUCAUUCAAGGUUUCACAAACACAGCCUGAGCAACUGUAAAUGUGUGUCCGCAGCUGUUGUGCUAUGUAAUUCUAGGGCUGUAGCUCUUGUUCCAGAUCCUGCCUUCUGUUUUCUUUGAGCCCCCUCAAUGCUGCAAAGAAAUUAAAUGUAUGUUUAUUCUGGGCUCUGCAUUCUUUUCUCCUGAAGGUGACUUUGAAAGUUGUUGCAUCCUCCCCAUUUUCCUGCUUUGGGAAAUCAUUUGGGAAACUAGUGAGGAGAAAGACCCACCAGGGUGGGAAGGCUGAGACACACCUGAAGUUCAAAGCCUGCUUCAGAGAGGUGGCCAGUGCUGUCAGUCAAGAGGCUAUGAAUUGGAUGCCAAAUGAAUAGGUAGCAAAAAUGAAAUCUGAAUUUACCAAGUGUUUGAUAAAUGAUUCAGUGCUCAUUUGCUCAAAUAUGGAAAAGGCACUCAGAACAAUACACUGGUGUGAGACUGUGCAGGAACAGGGGGUUCUCCUGCACAGCUGUAGAAAGAUGCUCUUAUUUUCCUUGCUAAGCCAGUGCCAAACUGUGUCCAGCUCCAAUUGCAGCCCUGACACAAACU